CCCCCGGCCUCCGGUGCGCCCGCCAGCCCGCCUGCCCGCCUGCCAGCCAUGGAGCCCGGCCCCGACGGCCCCGCCGCCUCCGACCCCGCCGCCAUCCGCGAGGGCUGGUUCCGCGAGAUGUGCAGUCUAUGGCCUGGCCAGGCCCUGUCGCUGCAGGCGGAGCAGCUGCUACACCAUCAACGCUCGUGGUACCAGGAUAUCCUCGUCUUCCGCAGUAAGAGCUACGGCAACGUGCUCCUGUUGGAUGGCGUCAUCCAGUGAGAGAGGGACCAGUUCUCCUACCAGGAGAUGAUAGCCAACUUGCCCCUCUGCAGCCACCCUAAUCCGCGCAAGGUGCUGAUCGUCGGGGGCGGAGAUGGGGGUGUCCUGCGGGAGGUGUUGAAGCAUUCCUCCGUGGAGUCCGUGGUCCAGUGUGAAAUCGACGAGGAUGUCAUUCAAGUCUCUAAGAAGUUCCUGCAGGGCAUGGCCGUUGGCUACUCGAGCUCAAAGCUCACUCUACAUGUGGGUGAUGGUUUUGAGUUCAUGAAACAGAACCAGGAUGCUUUCGAUGUCAUUAUCACCGACUCCUCAGACCCCCUGGGCUCUGCUGAGAGUCUCUUCAAGGAGUCCUAUUACCGGCUCAUGAAGACGGCCCCGAAGGAGGAUGGCAUCCUUUGCUGCCAGGGCGAGUGUCAGUGGCUGUACCUGGACCUCAUCAAGGAGAUGAGACAGUUCUGCAAAUCACUCUUCCCGGUGGUGGGCUACGCGUACUGCACCAUCCCCACCUAUCCCAGCCGCCAAAUUGGCUUUAUGCUGUGCAGCAAAAAUCCAAGCACCAACUUCCUGGAGCCCGUGCAGCAGCUGACGCAGAAGCAGGUGGAACAGAUGCAGCUGAAAUACUACAACUCUGAUGUGCACCGGGCAGCCUUCGUCCUGCUGGAGUUUGCCCUCAAGGCCCUGAAUGAUGUGUGCUGAGCCCAGUCGCCGUUGCCGGUGCCCCCCAGGAUCUCCGGCCAGC